CAGACCUGCCGCCCUCUGCUCCCCGGAGCCCGGACUCGCCGCCGCGGCUCGGCUUGCCGAGGCCCCUUCCCCGCCCCCGCCAGAGUCAUGAAGAUGCACUUCUGCAUCCCGGUGUCCCAGCAGCGGCCGGACGCUCUGGGGGGCCGCUACGUGCUGUACUCCGUGUACCUGGACGGGUACCUCUUCUGCAGGGUGCGCUACAGCCAGCUGCACCGUUGGAACGAACAGCUGAGGCGGAUCUUUGGAAAUUCCCUGCCACCCUUUCCGCCAAAGUACUAUCUCGCAAUGACCGCAUCCAUGGCUGACGAGAGAAGGGACCAGUUGGAACAGUAUUUGCAGAAGGUAACCAUGGACCCAAACAUGUUGAGAAGUGACGUCUUCAUUGACUUUUUAAAACUCGUACAGCUGGACACAUUUAGCAUCACGAUCAAGACAGCGGCUCUGGAUAUAUUUCUGCCUAAUGGAAGGAAUAUUCAAAUCGAAAUUCUAACAUCAGAUACUGCUGAAAGAGUUCUAGAGGUGGUGUCACACAAAAUUGGACUGUGUCAGGAGCUCUUGGGCUACUUUGGCCUCUUUCUCAUUCGGUUUUGCAAAGAGGGCAAGCUCUCUGUCAUGAAAAAACUGGCGGACUUUGAACUCCCUUAUGUGAGUCUCAGAAGUGCUGGAAUGGAAAACUGCAAGGUUGGACUCCGGAAGUGGUACAUGGACCCAUCCCUCGACUCCAUGCUGAUGGACUGCACAGCAGCCGUAGAUUUGAUCCAUAUGCAGGCACUACAGGACAUUGAACAAGAAUGGGCCAAACCCACACAGGCGCAGAGGCAGAAAUUAGAGGCUCUCCAGAAAGAAGACAACCAAACAAAGUUUUUGGAGCUGUCCCAAGAGGUACGGCACUAUGGAUACCUGCAGCUGGAUCCCUGUACCUGUGACUACCCGGAACCAGGCUGUGGGGCCGUCCUUUCCGUCGGCAAUGAUGAGAUCAGCUGCUGCAUAACCCUGCCUGAUAACCAGACCCAGGAAACCAUCUUCCAGAUGAGCAGAGUGAAGUGCUGGAAGGUCACUUUCCUCGGAACUCUGCUGGAUAUGGAUGGACCUCAGCGAACUCUCAACCAGAACUUAGAGCUCAGAUUUCAGUAUAGUGAAGACAGUCGUUGGCAAUGGUUUGUUAUUUACACCAAACAGGCUUUUUUGCUGAGUAGCUGCUUGAAAAAGAUGAUCUCAGAAAAGACAGUAAAGCUAGCUGCAGAGAAUCCAGAAAUGCAGAUUGAAGUUCCAGAACAAGGCAAAAGUAAAAAAUGCCACAUUCAACAAAGCCAGAAAGACUCUUCUCGGUUUCCACCAAGGAAAAGCAAGAUUGAGAUAGCCAAAGCUGACUGUGUUUUUGGGACCAUAAAGGAAGAAGAUCUUUGAUGAGAAACUCUCACUUUUAAAAAUGUCCUUUAGGGGCUCUCUCGACAGUGAAAGAGCUUAGGAAUUGAAAGUGGGCUUCCUAGCAUGAGUGGAAGAAGUUAAACUCCUUCCCCUUUUCUUCUGACGUUAAGAUGGGCAGUGUUGACCAAGAGUACUUCAGAACUCUGUUAAUCUCAAGAUUAAAGAGAACUAUGAACCACA